CAUUCUCGACGCCAUUUACUUCCAUGCAGAAACUGGAGGGGCAUAAAGCUUGUUUUACAAAAAAUAACGAGAUUAAUCUGAAAAUUCGGCGGGCAAGCUAGCUGCAAAUUCAAAAACCCUUACUUCUAGUUUCAAAUUUUUCGUCGUCAUCCUGCUUUUUAAGUUCUCGUGAUGUUUCUGAAGUAAAUCUACUUUAUUUCUCGAUAUUUUCUGAGGAGCGUUUGGAGUGCCAUGUAUCUGGCAAUCGAUAACAUUCAUUACGCCCCAGAUCGACUUCAAAAAGAGUCGGUAGAGUGUAGACUUCAAAUACCCAUGGACUGGUAGUAAUUGUUUGAGACUUUGUCUCCUGUUUGAAAAUGAUUUUCAGACGUCAUAGAAAAAACUACAUGUGUUUAAAAUUUUUGAAAUCAGCUGCAGAAAAUAGAGUCAAUAAUCAGCAUAAAAUGAGAGGUUAAAGCUGUUAAUAAAUCAGGAAACGUUGCCCAUAUUGAGAAUAUUAGAUUUUCUUAGCGAAGCAUCUCUCAGAGCUAAUUCGCUACAAACAUUCAACUUUCUUCGUUAAUAUCGUCUUUUAUUGUCUAUGGCCCUUAAUACUUAUUGUCAAUUGUUUAAGAUAUACGAUUAGCAGUUUUUAAAUAUGUUCGUUUUCGACAAACUCCAAACGAAGAAAAAGAUAAAAUACAAGGGUUGAUGACUUUAAUUCAAUUAGCAAUUAGCGAUAAAGCAUUAGUUAUUCAAGAACUACCAUCAACAGCUAAACAAAAAAAAGAUAGACCAGUUGAUCGUAAAGUUACCCAAUGGUUUCAAAAAAAUAAUUUAUGGCCUGAAUUACAACAAAUGUAUGAUUUUAAAACAAUUGAAGAUAUAACAACAUAUUAUAACGAUUGUAUUAAAAGUAAGAAUGAUGAUGGGGAAUCACAAUAUCAACAUUAUUCGAAAUAUUAUUUGCAAAAGUUUAAUGACAAUCUAUUGCCAAUAAAGCAAUUUCAAAAAAUCUAUCGAGCAAUGAAAACAUUAUUUGAAAUUAAACAAAAUAAAACUAAAAAUGAACAAGAUUCUCGUGUAUGCGGCAUAUCAUAA